UUCACUUUUAAGGGGAGUCGCUGUCUCGCCGCCGGGCCGGGUGUGCUUUCCGCCCCGUCCACCGUGCGCCCGCUGCCCGCCGCAGCCCCUCCCGGUGCCUUCCCGUGGCGCUUAGAGCCAGGCCCCCGCAGGGCUCCGGGGGCCCCCUGCUCCCCCUGGCUUUCCCGGUGGCUUUGUAGUCAAUGUCUCCUUCAGGGUGGGUUAUGGCCUUUAGUUCCCCGCGCUCCGCACGGGCCGAGCGGCGCCCAGUCAUACUGUCACCCGGUAAAUGGGAUGAACGUCGGCCCCAGAAGGGCCAGCCCCCCACCGUGGUGCAGACCAGGAAGCUGACUGCGGAGGGUGGAGGGCGCACCUGGGGCUGCCUGCCGACGGGCCUAGGAUUCCUCUUUGGGACGCUUGCUGCGUCUGAAUAAACUUCGUGUCUGUUGAGCUGUGGUCUCGGAGGGCUACCUUUCUUUGCUCCGCAUGUGAGUAGUCCUGUGGCCUCACCAGCAGCGGGACAGUGACGGUGGACAGAGCCGCCUGUGUGGCAUUGGGAGGGAGUGAGGUGGGAGCUCCUGCUGGAAGAGCGGCUGUGAGUGCUGCCUGCCUUUCCGUGGUGCGACGUGUGACGGAUGCAGUCGGCUGCCCGCGGUGCUGCCUCAGUGACUGGCGGUCCCUCCUGGCUCCUAAACCACCAUGUGCGUGAGCGAGGCACCCACGGCUCAGGCGGUGAAACCUCCGUUAGCUGGAAACCAGCUCCCGGGGCCCCUCUGCUCUCCGGUCGGUGUUUGAGGGGAGAAGCCGCCACCAUCCCUGCAGAGAGGGCCGGAGGGGGCGCCGAGGAGGGGCCUGGGCUCCUGGAGCCGCGUCAGCCUCAGCAGGACGGUCGGUGAGGGUGCCGGGCGGAAGGGGAGGGGAGGUCGGAAGGCCGCCAGCACCGGCCCGGGUGAGACCCCUGUUGGCCGGGACCAGCCCCCUCCCCAUGGCCUCCAAGCCGGCUGCCGGGAGGAGCCCGGGGGAGAAGCGCAAGAGGGUGGUGCUGACCCUGAAGGAGAAGAUGGAUAUCUGCCGGCGCCUGGAGACGGGGGAGAGCAGGAAGGCGCUGAUGCAGGAGUACAACGUGGGCAUGUCCACCCUGUACGACAUCAGGGCCCACAAGGCCCGGCUGCUCCGCUUCUUCGCCAGCUCCGACUCGGACAAGGCCCUGGCGCACCGGCGCACCCUGCACACGCCCAAGCUCGAGCACCUGGACCGUGUACUGUACGAGUGGUUCCUGGUGAAGCGCGCCGAGGGCGUGCCCGUCUCGGGCCCCAUGCUCAUUGAGAAGGCCAAGGACUUCUACGAACAGAUGCAGCUGACCGAGCCCUGCGUGUUUUCUGGCGGGUGGCUCUGGCGUUUUAAGGCCAGACACGGCAUCAAAAAGCUGGACACGUCCAGCGAGAAACAGGCGGCCGACCAGCAGGCGGCCGAGCAGUUCUGCGGCUUCUUCCAGAGCUUGACCGCCGAGCAUGGCCUGUCCCCCGAGCAGGUGUACAACGCCGACGAGACCGGCCUCUUCUGGCGCUGCGCGCCCAGCCCCAGCCCGGAGGGUGGGCCGAUGCCCGGCCCCAAGCAGAACAAGGACAGGCUGACCGUCCUCCUGUGCGCCAACGCCACAGGCUCCCACAGGAUCAGACCCUUGGUGGUCGGGAAGUGCGGCGGCCCCAAGGCAGUCCAGGGCACCCAGCACCUGUCUGUUGCGUACAAGGCCCAGGGUCACGCGUGGGUGGACAAGGAGAUGCUCACUGACUGGUUCCAUCACAUCUUCGUGCCCGCGGUGAAGGAGCAUUUCCGAGCCGUGGCCCUGCCUGAGGGUAGCAAGGCCAUCCUCCUGCUGGACGGCUCCCGGGCCCACCCGCGGGAGGCCGAGCUGGUGUCGGAGAACAUGUUCACCAUCUUCCUGCCCGCCAGCGUCACCGCCCUGGUCCAGCCCAUGGACCAGGGCAUUCGGAGGGACUUCAUGAGGAACUUUGUCACCCCCAGCGGCACGCUGCAGGCCUUCGCCCCCCGCUGCAGCGUGCACGACGCUGUGCUCGACGUGGCCUGUGCCUGGAACGCGGUGCCAGGCGCCGUCUUCAGCCGGGCCUGGAGGAGGCUGUGGCCCAAGGUCACGCUUGUCGAGGGCUCAUCUUCAGAGGAGGAGCCCGAGCUCCUCAGGACUAAGCCUCCCGACCAGGCCUUCGCGCACAUCCCCGGGCUCGCGGGAGGCGCCCCGGCCCGCCUUGGCAGCACGACGGCGGGGAGCCUGGAGCCAGCGGAGGCCGAGGAGGGCGACGAGGAGGCCUGGGAGCAGGCAGCUGCGUCCUUUGACGCCGUGGUCCGCUUCGCAGAGGGGCAGCCCUGCUUCUCGGCGCAGGAGGUGGGCCAUCUACGUGCGCUGCGCUCCGUGUUCGGUAGGCGGUGGCAGGCGCGGCGGCGGGCGGCCCCUGGGGCCGCGGUCAAGCUCGAGGCACCCUGGGAGCGCUCCGGGCCUCGCGGCGCCCGGCCUCACUCCCCUCUGCCUGGCUCGUCCACCGCGGGCGAGGCCUGAGGUGGCGGGCCCGACCUGCGCUCUCGGGGAUCACGCCCCUGAGCGCAGCCCGCCCUGUCGAGGUUUUGCCGUGUGGCCUGUCCCGCCACGUGAGCGUGAGGAGGUCUUCCUGAAGGGCCCACCCAGACCCAAAACAUACCGGAGCCUCUGGCGGCUGGAAGCCAGCCUGUGUCUGCUGGCUGAGCCUUGCUGCGUCCAGAGGUGGAGCUGUCUGUCUGUCUAGGCGGGUAGAGCCGCCUUCAGCCGACCGCUGGCAGUCCCCGCUGCCACUUGACGGGGCUGGCAUCUCCUGAGGCCCGCCGCUUCCGCCCUCCAGGGCUCCAUCUGCCUGGGUUGGGCAGGUCACCGAAGGUGGGACUCAAUAUGAAUAAGAGCUGGUGUGGCCCCUGCCUGUGGCUCUACAGGCCACGUCCCCACUUCAGUCGUGAGCUCACUUAGUAGCGCGAGUCUCUCAGAGUUCCUCCAUGUUGCCAGCAGAUCCCACCCUUCGGGCUCAGACCCCAAGGUGCGGUGGGCUGCACGCUGACUUGAUGUGGUGGGAUUGUUCCAUUAAAGCCGGGGGGGGGGGGGGGGGGAGGACAGACACACAGCCAGGGUGCCUGUCGCCCUGAUGCAGGACCACAGGGUGCCAGCGUUUUGAGCAUCUUGGCUCUGAGUCCAAUAUGCCGUCCACUGUCCCUCGUUCCUCAGAAUGUCACAUUUACAACCUCUGCGUUAAUAAACUUUGACCAUAUGUUCAGAAAUUAGUCCUUAGGUGAUGUAACAAAAACAGUAAAACAAGCUGCUUAGCUGUCUAGCAAUAUUUGUGUUUUUUUGUUUGUUUGUUUUUUUGGCACACAGGCUUAGUUGCUCCGUGGCAUGUGGGAUCUUCCUGGAGCAGGGAUCGAACCUGUGU